AUGAACGUGACGGAGUUGAACCUCUCUGAUAUCUGUGAGCAUUUCUCCUGUCCAGAGAGAUCUGUAUCUCCUGCAGUUUAUAUCUUACUGUACGUGUGUUCAGCUGCUGUGGUUCUUCUAACAGUGUGUGGAAAUCUGCUCGUCAUCAUCUCUGUUCUUCACUUCAAGCAGCUUCACACUCCGGCCAACAUGCUCGUGCUCUCUCUGGCUGUGACGGAUUUCUUUGUCGGGAUUUUUGUAAUGCUGCCGAUCUUAAUCUGGACAAUCGAGUCAUGCUGGAUUUUCGGGAGUGAAUUCUGCACUAUUUUCUGGCUAAUUGUUGGUUUUCUCACAAUCUUAUCCAUUUACACUAUCGCUCUGAUCGCUGUGGAUCGGUACGUGGCUCUCUCAAACCCCUUUCUCUACACAAACAAAAUCUCUAGGAGGACCAUGAGCAUCGUGAUUCACUUUAACUUCCUUGUGUGUCUGACAUACAACAUAGUGUUCUACUAUUUUAAUAUAACAUUCACAAGUUACAUCAUGUGUCCUGGAGAGUGUUUUAUUUCUCUGAAUGAGGUUUGGUCUGUAAUUGAUCUUGUGUAUUCGUUUCUAUUUCCACUUUCUGUCAUAAUCAUAUUGUACAGUCGGGUUUUUCUGAUCGCUAAAAAACACGCCACUGCUAUCAGAGAGCUUAAUAAUCACACACGACCUCAAACACAGAAAAUCACCUCCCACUCCAUGAAAUCUGAGAGAAAAGCAGCCAAAGUCCUCGGCGUUUUAGUGUCCGUGUUUCUGGCCUGUUUACUUCCAUUUUUAAUUUACAAUUUAUUAGGUGAUGUUGUUGAACAACGGACAGAAACUAUUCAUAAAGUUUUAAUCAUGCUAUCUCUUAAUUCCACCAUUAAUCCGGUUAUUUAUGCUCUGUUUUAUCCGUGGUUUAGGAGGUGCAUUAAAUUAAUUAUAACUCUGAAAAUAUUCCAAACAGACUCUGCAUUAAUUAAUGUUCUUUCAUGA